AUGGAGAAUGGAAUGGAUGCCCUACAUGAUUCUGGAGUCCAGAUGGUCCACUACCUUCAGAGUAAUUACAUGAAUUCGCAGGACUGGUUCAUGUUCAUCUCCUUUGCUGCCGAUCUCAGAAAUACCUUCUUCAUCUUCUUUCCCAUUUGGUUCCACCUUUGUGAAUCAGUGGGCAUCAAACUCAUUUGGGUGGCUGUGAUUGGCGACUGGCUUAAUCUUGUCUUUAAGUGGAUUCUUUUUGGACAAAGACCAUAUUGGUGGGUUCAUGAAACUAAUCAUUAUGGAAACACCUCUGCUCCAGUCAUUGAACAGUUUCCUAUAACAUGUGAAACAGGACCAGGAAGCCCUUCAGGUCAUGCUAUGGGGUCUGCUGGAAUUUAUUACGUCAUGGUAACUGCCAUCCUUACAAUCAUGUUGAAGAAAAGAGAAUCAUCCCUAAAAAGCUGGUGCCUGAGAGGAGUGCUUUGGUCUGGGUUUUGGGCCGUUCAGGUCUGCGUCUGCCUAUCUAGAAUCUUUUUGGCUGCACAUUUCCCACAUCAAGUUGUGGCUGGAGUAUUCUCAGGAAUCAUUGUUGCCGAAGCAUUCCAUCACACACAAUCUAUCUAUAAAGUCAGCUUGAAAAAAUACAUCUUAACUACACUCUUCCUGACCUUCUUUGCUCUUGGACUUUAUCUAAUCCUAAAAGCUACUGGUGUAGACCUCCUGUGGACCCUGGAGAAGGCAAAGAGAUGGUGCGCUAGACCCGAGUGGAUCCAUAUCGACACUACUCCUUUUGCUGGCCUUUUUAGAAACAUGGGCAUCUUCUUUGGCUUAGGACUAGCUCUCAGCUCUAAACUUUACCAAGAAAGCUGCCGAGGAAAGCAAGGAAGUGAAUUUACCUUCCGUAUGAGCUGCAUAGCUGCUUCUCUUAUUGUUUUACACCUUUUUGACUCAUUCAAGCCACCAACCAAAGUGGAGAUGCUUUUCUACAUUCUCUCAUUCUGCAAAAGUGCUGCUGUACCCCUGGCCGCUGUGGGAAUCAUCCCUUACUGUAUUUCUCAGCUUCUUCACCCACAGAGCAAAAAGAAUCUUUAA